GGAAGUCUUCGAAUUUUAGUCAGUGUUCGAAGGGAUCACCUCGUUCAUUAUUACGUGUGCGGAUAGUAAAAAUGAACGUGGUGGCGAAAUCGACGAACUUGUCGCCGAUAUUAAAAUCGACGUCAACUGUAGUUUCGAACGGAAUUCGGCCCGCAGCUGGAACUGGAAAUGUUUUCAAACCACACAUUGUCGUGCGACCUGCCGUCAGUCGAAUGGUUCCGCAGAGUAUGUCUGAAAGCCUUUUAUCUGGAGCUGUGCGAGUAAGCUCAGGAAUAACAGGGAGCACACAAAUAUCUCAAAAGAGAUUAGCACAUACAGAUGUCCAGUGGCCAGACAUGACUGGGUAUCGUAGAGACUCUGUGAAAAGCCCAACAGCAGACAGCAGAGAGAGUGCAGGCGCACGAAAAGCAUAUUCAUAUCUCACGCUUGCUGGUACUGGAAUCUGUGCUGCCGUUGCAGCUAAGAGCCUUGUACACACCGUAGUAGGUUCUCUGAGUGCUUCUGCAGAUGUACUGGCUUUGGCAAAAAUUGAAGUUAAAUUGGACUCUAUUCCAGAAGGCAAAAGUGUUGUUUUCAAAUGGCGUGGAAAACCUCUGUUUAUACGACACAGGCCGAAAAGUGAAAUCGCGAAAGAACAAGCAGUUGAUAUUUCAAUUCUUCGAGACCCGCAAACAGAUCAAGAACGUGUAAAACAGCCAGACUGGUUAGUUGUAAUUGGUGUAUGUACACAUUUAGGAUGUGUCCCUAUUGCCAAUGCCGGUGAUUUUGGUGGAUAUUAUUGUCCUUGCCACGGAUCUCACUAUGAUGCCAGUGGAAGGAUCAGGAAAGGACCUGCACCUCUGAACCUCGAAGUCCCAUAUUACGAAUUCCUAGAAGAUAAUGUGCUAAUUGUUGGUUAAUGUAUCAAUACUCGUAGUCAAAUAAUGAUUUUAUUUAUAACGGAGUAUUCUGUUCGCGAAUUUGGUCAUAAAUUGAAACUUUGAAUAAAAUUUAUUUCUCAUGAUUUAAAUUAUUGAGAUAUUAAAGUAUUACCAACACGGUCGAGCUGUAUAGAUAAUUUACAAAUAAAGCUUAACCGACAUGAAA